GGCGGGCGCGGGAUGCUGUGGGUGCGGGGCGGGCUGGGCCGCCGCAGCGUCGCCGUGCUGGGAGCCGCCUGCCGGGGCCGGGGUCGGGGCCGGGCCGGGACUCACGCCGGAUCGGCCCUUCUGGGCUCCGUUUCCCAGCACCCUGACUUGAGGAAGAGCACGAUAGUCGAGCAGCUCAUCAUGAAGGUGGUGUUGCUGCCCGCGCUGACGGACAACUACAUGUACCUGAUCAUCGACGAGGAGACCAAGGAAGCCGCCAUCGUGGACCCCGUGCAGCCCCAGAAGGUUUUGGAAACAGUGAAAAAACAUGGAGUGAAACUGACCACGGUCCUUACGACGCAUCACCAUUGGGACCACGCCGGAGGCAAUGAGAAACUGGUGAAGAUGGAACCCGGGUUGAAAGUGUUCGGGGGAGACGACCGGGUUGGGGCACUCACCCAGAAAGUGUCCCAUCUGUCCACGUUGCAGGUGGGCACACUGCACGUCAAGUGUCUGUUCACGCCCUGCCACACUUCUGGUCACAUCUGUUACCUGGUGAGGAAGCCGGAGAGCUCAGAGCCGCCUGCUGUUUUCACUGGCGACACCUUGUUUGUGGCCGGCUGUGGGAAGUUCUUUGAAGGGACCGCGGAUGAGAUGUACAAAGCCCUGCUGGAGGUCCUGGGACGCCUGCCCCCCGAAACCAGGGUCUACUGCGGACACGAAUACACCAUCAACAACCUAAAGUUUGCCCGACACGUGGAACCUGACAACUCUGCCGUUCAGGAAAAGUUGGCAUGGGCGAAGGAGAAAUACAGCAUUGGCGAACCCACCAUCCCGUCCACGCUGGCUGAGGAGUUUACGUACAACCCGUUCAUGAGAGUGAGAGAGAAGAGCAUCCAGCGCCACACCGGCGAGACCGACCCCGUGACCGCCAUGAGGGCCCUCCGCAAGGAGAAGGAUCAUUUCAAGGUCCCCAAAGACUGAAGACCCUCCGACGCCAACGCCAACGACCGAUUCCUCCCCCAGCUUGCGGUCCCGGUCCCUUUCCGACCCCUCACCGAUCCACCCCCCUGCAUCUGGUGAUUGCCGCAUUAACCCCCCACCCGUUUCUGUGCCAUCUUCAUCGUUGUGGAAUUGGGUGUGCCAGCAGCCCUCCCAUGGGGUUGGUCUUUUAUUUCUUUAUAUAUAUAUAUACAUAAAGAAAGAAAACGAGACAAACCAAACUAUCCCCAAAUUAUCCCCAAAGCCCUCUGCUCCUCUGCCAGGAUGUCUGUUUCUAAGAUGAAGAAGUUUAAAGAGAAUUUAUUCCUACAAGCCCCAGCUCCCAAAACCCACACGACUGAGUGCACCUUCUUCAUGAACCCUUUCGAGGUGGCGCUGCCGGGGGAAUCUCCUGCCUGAGGAGUUUGAAACGCGCCGAACGGAUCGGAAACCUAAAAAAGCUUGAGCAGCACUCCCCACCCCGCCGAA